AUGCAGCUGAGGAGGACAUGGCGGCAAUUCCUUCACUCCAAUAGGUUUGGCCUGUCCUCCCACUGCAUUUAUACGCCAUUGGAUAUAAUUAUAUCUGAAGGCGCUGUUGACGUCACUGAACAUUUUCUAUUUUAUACGCAUUUCCAGUGGUUGAUAUGGGUGGCAUUGGUGUCUGCUGGUACUACUAGAGCUCCACGGGAUCAUCUGAGAGCAGACAUUCCUGGUCCUACGACAGAUGAGGACUUAACCCUCAAAAUGUACAAGGACAGAGUAAACAUUCUCCUUGUGGUGGCAACACUGGUGGCUACAAUGGCUUUUGCUGCAGGCUUGAGUGUGCCACUUUGUUAG